AUGAUAACCGAAUGUACUAGCAUGCGCUCCCUAAUCAAAUCUCAUAAAGAGAGCACGACGGCGUCCCGACCGAGAUCACGCGAGAGCACAGAGCCUUCCUCGACAGUUUCAGCCGGAUGGAAGCUCACGAACCCCAUCAAGAGCUUUCUCAAGCACAAGAUUUCAAGCACUGGGCAGGGGGGCACAGGCUCUGGGAGAACGAAACCCACACCCGCCAAUUCGGGUGUCGCAAGCGCACCGGGCUUGGGACUCGACAGAGAGCUGAAGAAUCCGACCAUUUUCGGCAAAAAGACACACGACUGGAGCGCCGACGCCAGUCCCAGGUCGUUGGUCUAUGCCUUCGACAAACCAGACCUUGGUGCGCAGGUAACGCCAGAGACGUCAAAAGAAGGCGAAGAGUCCCCAAACGUGGAUGCAGAAUCGACGGACGAUUUUUCUAUCGUCGUACUGAAACGACGGGAGGAGUCACAAUCCGAUCCCAGCUCGAGCUCGAGCUCGUCGCAUUUCUCGUUUGAAGGCACCGGCAGAAACGCAUCGCUGAAAUACUACAAAUCGUACGACCAGGUGAAGUACGAGGAGAUGAAAGCGCAACUCAAAAAGAAUCAGGACCACUUCAAAGAGUUUAUCAAUGACACAGAGUCGCUUAACGAUUUACAAGAAGACAUGAAUUUCUACGAUGGCGGGGACAUGGACGAUUCGGAGGACUUGUUCAACAGAAAACUAUUUUCGAGCGAUGAGGAGGCAGACAACUAUGAGAACUUUGACAGCCCCAAAAAGGACACACCUGAACAGUUAUUGACCCUAAACGGACAAUACUCUUUCCAUUCAGACCGGGAAGCCACCAUAAGCGAUCUGAGUCCUCCGCUGGUCGCCACAGACCCGUCGUCCUCUGACAUCAAGGACCUGGUGACCAGGUUUCGCUCCAGCAGCAUCAAAUACCACCAGCUCAAGUCCGGCGACGGCGACGAGCUGGAGUUCCUAAAGCAGAGAUAUUCGUCGUACUCUGACGACGAGUUGCCGAAAGCAGAGAUGCUGGAAUCGUUGCUGGACGAGAUAAACGAGAUACCGGAAGAUUUCGAUUUCGAGACCGAGCUUUCGUUACCACAACACACUUCAUCAGCUAAACAACGACGUAGGCAACUGCUAAAGUCAAACUCAAAAUUCUUCUAUGCCGGCGCCCCUAGUCCUUCAAACGACCGCAUCGAAACGGGUAACAGGACAAUCACGCUUUUCAAACCCGUCUCACGUUCCAAUAGCUUGGAAUACCACAAUCACGAUAAACCGCUACCGCAACAUCCAGUGGAUGUGAGUGCCAGUGAAGAGUACGCUGAUGAGCUGGAUGAAAGCACUGAGAUGGUAGGCCUCUCGACACCAAUCCAGCUGCAUGGUUUUGGACCCAAAAGCGACUCUCCAUUGACCACUAUCAGCGAAGCGUCCUACGAUAGUGCGGCUGUACGCUCGCCGUUACGCUGA